CGUCUUCUUCUUCCUCCUCUCUCUCUCUCUCUCUCUCUCUCUCUCUCUCUCUCUCUCUCUCGCUCUCGCUCUCGCUCUCGGUGUCUCCAUCAUCGUCUACAAUGACGGAUACAACCGACGACAUAGCGGAGGAGAUCUCGUUCCAAUCGUUCGAGGACGAUUGCCGACUCCUCGGGAGCCUCCUCAACGACGUGCUCCACCGCGAGAUCGGGCCCCAGUUCAUGGACAACGUCGAGAGGAAGCGCAUCCUCGCUCAGAGUGCGGUUAAUAUGAGGGCGGCAGGGAUGGAGGAGACAGCAGAGUUGCUCGAGAAGCAACUCGCAAUGGAGAUAUCGAAGAUGACACUCGAGGAAGCCUUGUCACUGGCCCGCGCUUUUAGCCACUACCUAAGCCUUAUGAGCAUCGCAGAAACCCAUCACAGGGUCCGUAAGGCGCGUAAUGUCGCUUAUCUAUCAAAAUCAUGUGAUGACAUAUUCAGUAAGUUGAUACACGGCGGAGUUCCUCCUGAAGAACUUUAUAAUACUGUUUGCAAGCAGGAAGUUGAAAUUGUUCUUACGGCACAUCCCACUCAAAUAAAUAGGCGUACCCUGCAAUAUAAACACAUUAGAAUAGCCCAUCUUUUGGAGUUCAACGAACGCCCUGAUCUCAGCCAUGAAGAUAAAGAAAUGCUUAUCGAGGAUCUGAUGAGGGAGAUUACUGCAAUAUGGCAGACCGAUGAACUGAGGCGUCAUAAACCUACUCCUGUUGAUGAAGCUAGGACCGGCUUGCACAUUGUGGAGCAAUCGCUCUGGAAAGCUAUUCCACACUAUCUACGUCGUGUUAGCAAUGCACUAAAAAAGCAUACUAGUAGGCCACUUCCUCUAACUUGCACGCCAAUUAAAUUCGGCUCCUGGAUGGGUGGCGAUCGUGAUGGGAAUCCAAAUGUCACUGCAAAAGUGACAAGAGAUGUAUCUUUGUUGUCGCGGUGGAUGGCAAUGGAUCUCUACAUUAGGGAAGUUGACAAUCUUCGAUUUGAGCUAUCUAUGAACAGAUGCAAUGGUAGAUUGGCAAGCUUAGCGAAUGAAAUCUUACUUAAAGAAUCGGCAUCUGAGGAUCGGCAUUACGAAAGCUGGAAUCAGCCAAUAAAUAGAAACCAUAUGAAACAUUACAAUCACCAAGGCUUGGCAUUGCCAGCUCACCUGCCAGCUGGUGCUGAUCUUCCUUCCUGCACAGAAUGCAAUGAUGGUGAUUCUAAAUACCACGUAGUAGAAUUUCCCGGCAACAUUACUCGGCAGAAUUCCGCUGAAAAUUCCUCAAGAAAAUAUGAAGAUGGUGUGGUCUCUUUAGAAAACAGCUCUUUGCCUCCUCUAGGGUCGUCAAAAGUGAAUAAGACGAACACUAGUCUCGUUCAAAGAAAGCUUUUCGCAGAAUCCCAGAUUGGCAAGUCAAGCUUCCGGAAGCUUCUGGAGCCCAGCCUGCAACGCCCUGGAAUCGCCCCAUAUAGAGUGGUUCUUGGGCACGUAAAUGAUAAGCUAAUGAAGACACGUAGACGGCUUGAGCUUCUCCUUGAGGAUCUUCCUUGCGAACAUGAUCCAGCUGAGUAUUAUGAAACAUCCGAUCAACUACUGGAACCAUUACUCUUGUGUUAUGAAUCCCUGCAAUCUUGCGGUUCCACCAUUCUCGCUGAUGGGAGGUUAGCUGAUCUGAUAAGAAGGGUUGCCACCUUUGGAAUGGUCUUAAUGAAGCUUGAUCUUCGCCAGGAAUCGGGUCGGCAUGCUGAAGCAUUGGAUGCCAUCACAACAUACCUUGAUAUGGGUGUUUAUAGUGAGUGGGAUGAAGAAAAGAAACUGGAAUUUUUAACCAGUGAGCUUAAAGGAAAGAGGCCUUUAGUUCCCCCAACUAUAGAGGUGAAUCCAGAUGUGAAAGAGGUCCUCGACACUUUCAGAGUGGCAGCUGAACUGGGGAGCGACUCGCUUGGAGCAUAUGUGAUCUCAAUGGCUUCCAAUGCUAGUGAUGUUCUUGCUGUGGAGUUGUUGCAAAAGGAUGCUAGGCUUUCUGUGAGUGGGGAACUGGGGAGACCGUGUCCGGGUGGAACGUUAAGAGUUGUUCCACUCUUUGAAACUGUAAAAGAUUUGAGAGAGGCCGGGUCGGUAAUUAGGAAGUUACUAUCAAUCGACUGGUAUCACGAACAUAUUAUUAAGAACCACAACGGCCACCAAGAGGUUAUGGUUGGUUACUCUGAUUCUGGGAAAGAUGCUGGUAGAUUUACCGCGGCAUGGGAAUUGUAUAAGGCACAAGAGGACGUUGUUGCUGCAUGUAAUGAGUUUGGGAUUAAAGUCACUCUCUUCCAUGGGCGGGGUGGGAGUAUCGGUCGUGGCGGCGGGCCAACUUAUCUGGCUAUACAGUCGCAGCCUCCCGGAUCCGUAAUGGGAACGCUCCGCUCAACCGAGCAAGGCGAGAUGGUGCAAGCCAAGUUCGGGCUCCCCCAAACCGCCGUACGUCAACUCGAGAUCUACACUACUGCUGUCCUGCUCGCAACAAUGCGGCCCCCUCUCCCCCCUCGUCAUGAGAAAUGGCGCCACGUGAUGGAGGAAAUAUCCAAUACGAGCUGCAACCACUACCGCAGCGUCGUGUACGACAACCCUAACUUCAUAACCUACUUCCAGGAGGCCACCCCACAAGCCGAGCUGGGCUUCUUGAACAUCGGGAGCCGCCCGAGCCGUCGGAAAACCUCGACGGCUAUCGGCCAUUUAAGAGCCAUUCCCUGGAUCUUCGCAUGGACCCAAACCCGGUCCGUCCUACCGGCCUGGCUCGGCAUCGGAGCCGGUCUAAAAGAUGCGUGCGAUAAAGGAUACAAAGAAGAACUACAAGCCAUGUACAAAGAGUGGCCUUUCUUCCAAUCCACUAUCGAUCUAAUCGAGAUGGUUUUAGCGAAGGCGGAUGUUUCUAUCGCGAAGCAUUACGACGAAGUGUUAGUGUCGGAGGAGAGGAGGGCGUUGGGCGCGGAGCUGAGAGAGGAGCUGGUUACGACCGAGAAGUUCGUUUUACUUGUCGGCGGGCACGAGAAACUAUCACAGAACAACCGCAGUCUGAGGAGGUUGAUUGAGAGCAGGCUGCCGUACUUGAAUCCGAUCAACAUGCUGCAGGUCGAGAUACUGCGGAGGUUGCGGCGCGACGAUGACAAUCAUAAGCUCAGAGACGCGUUGCUCAUCACCGUAAAUGGAAUCGCCGCUGGGAUGAGGAACACCGGCUGAUUAUAAUCCUGGGCUAUAUAAAAAAAAAGAUUGAAAAAUUCGAAUUUGAUGCUUUUUAUCUGAGAAAUGUGCUGAAACUGUUUAAGUUUCGUCGGGUUUUGCUCUUAUUUCUGUUUAGGUGAGUGCUUUACACUCCGUACAAAAGUAGAACAACCUGGUAAAUAAGAGAGCUAGGGUUUUAAGCUAUUCCACGUCUCGGCAAUGGAAACGCCAGAUCUCGUUCGGAAUGCAAUAAAUUCAUUAGGAUUCUGAUGUUGCUGAGUAUGUUGUUGUUGCCUUUUCAAGUAACUUUAAAUUGUGAGGUUUUAUAGUGUUGGCUUAAA